AUGACGCUGACUACGAAGUUCCAGCUUCCAGCUUUCCAACGAAGCACAUUUCGCUUGCUCUUCUUGCUCGUGCCAUCCUCUCUGGCUGUUCCUAUCUCCAAUACGUCCGGCAUCGCCGAUAGCGACUCGGUUGACUUCGACCUCUCAAUCGAGCCUGUUCCGGCUGCGGCAACUCUGCCCUUCAUGGCUCCGUCGCAUGUCCUAGCUCCUUUGCUACCGAAUCACGGCCUUGCCGUUCAGGAGGCGCUCGAUCUCUUUGAUAUGUUCUUCGACUUUCAUCCGUCCAUCGUUGCUCGUUUCUCGGCUUGA